CAAACCACACUGAGAGCUGCAGCGCGCGGACCCGUUGCGUUGCCUCUGACCGUGGUACUCCCGUCGUUUCCCUUGCUCUCCUACCCCUCCUUUUCUGCUUUCCUUCCCUUGAGAGCUUCUUUUUCUCACCGCGAAUAUCCUUUCUCACUUUCAAUUUGAAUAGAUCUCGGAGAAAGAUAGAAGUGACGCAUCCUUGAUCUCCUCCACAGCGGUCGUUCUCGCGCACGCUCUUUUUCUCUCUGGAACUGGAUUUUUGAAACGACGUGGACGCGUGGAUGAUACACCGGGGCGAGAACUGGAGAUGGAGUUGCUCGUGAUCAGCCUCUCCUUAUGGAUCCUGCAGUGCCGCUCAGCUCGCGCGGACUCCAUUAUCCACAUCGGAGCUAUUUUUGAACAGAACGCCAUACGGGAUGACGAGGUUUUUCAGCUUGCCAUUUCAGACCUGAGUUUGAACGACGACAUCCUCCAGAGUGAGAGGAUUACCCAUUCUAUCAAACUUAUCGAGCCCAACAACCCCUUCCAGGCUGUACAGGAAGGUGAGUGAGUGACUGGUAUCUCUCAGCAAUCGAUUAAC